AUGACGACCAGAUACAGAGUAGAAUCUGUCUUUGAGCCUGAUGGUCGAUCUGUGGAGAAGCAAGCAAGUGUAGCGCAGCAGCGUUAUGCUGAGAUUUUCAGAGAUGUUGAGUAUAUGAUCAACGAUCAUAUCGAACACCAGAAGGCCGGCAAAGCAGACCGAUCGAAGCUCAAGCAUUUGGUGCCGUCAAUCGCAAACUUUUUCACGCCCCUGGCGCUUCAUGAUGCAUUUAUCUGGCAAGAUAGACAGCGUAGCAUCAGUUACCGACGCUUCGUUCCUCCAUCCUUCAACGAUGUAAGACUGGUGCUCAAUACCGCGCAGCUGAUCUCGCUCGUCCGCAGCGGACCCCUGGAGCUUGUCACCUUUGACGGAGAUGUCACGCUGUAUGAUGACGGCCUGAACCUGACGCCUGAAAAUCCGGUCAUCGAGAAGAUUUUACGGCUUAUGAAACGUGGUUCUAGGAUCGGCAUUGUCACAGCAGCAGGCUACACCGAAGCUCACCGUUACUACGAAAGACUGUAUGGUCUGUUGAAUAAGAUCCAGGAAGAGUUAGCACCAGACGCCAAGGAGAACCUCAUUAUCAUGGGUGGAGAGAGCAAUUACUGCUUCAAGUUUGACGCAAACAGCCCGAGCUUAUUGAGGUUGGUACCAAGGGCAGAGUGGCUGCUCAAGGAAAUGAUGCUCUGGACCGACGCCGAUAUAACGGAGCUGCUAGAUAUCGCGGAAGCCUCGCUCAGAGAUACCGUGAAGAACAUGGGAAUGACAGCGACCAUUGUCCGGAAGGAACGAGCAGUCGGCAUUAUACCAAAGGACGGGCAGAAAUUCUGCCGGGAAACGCUGGAAGAAACUGUACUGAUUGUGCAGAAGAUACUGGAAAUGUCUGAGGUUGGCCAGCGACUGCCAUUUUGCGCCUUCAACGGUGGCAAUGAUGUGUUUGUAGACAUUGGAGACAAGUCGUGGGGUGUAUUGGCCUGCCAACGCAUCUUUGGAGGGAUCGAAGGUGGGAAGACAUUGCACGUUGGAGAUCAGUUCUUGAGUGCAGGGGCAAAUGAUUUCAAGGCACGAUUGGCUUGCACGACAGCGUGGAUCGCGAACCCAUUGGAGACUUGCCAGCUGCUCGACGAGAUAGCUGAGUUAGACGAGAUGCAGCAGCGCAAGACCAGAUAAC